AUGAUAGCUCAGUUUGUAGAGGAACAUCAAAGCACCUGGGACGCACUACUACCCGAGAUGUCAUUAGCCAUCAACUCCAGUAUCUCUGACACGACCGGCUUCAGCCCAGCUUUCUUGCUACAUGGUAGAGAACCCCGUUUGCCCGGCGCUUUGUACGACGAGGUCACGCCUGGAACUGGAAGCCCCCCGGAAUCAGCUCUAUCCAAAGCAACCAAGCUCAAGGAAGUAUUUGCCAUCGUCCGUUACAACAUCCAACAUGCGAGCCAGGAACAAGGACGCUACUAUAACCUACGUAGAGGACAAUGGCGCCCUACAAUCGGAUCUUUGGUCCUCGUGCGUCAACAUCACCUCUCCAACGCAGCCGACGGAUUCGCUGCAAAGCUGACUCCUAAAUUUGACGGUCCGUACAAACUGAAGUGCUUUAUCUCACCAAAUGUCGUCCGACUCCAACACCAGAGCAAUCGGAAACAAAGAGUAGCGAACAUAGCGGACCUCAAGCAGUACCACGACAACGAGGACAUCACAGACCAGACCAGCCCGAACGACCACGAGCAGACCCUACUAGAGUAG